UGGUCCUGAGCUUGCCCGAGUUCUGUUUUUGAGUCCAAAGACAUUAAAUGAGCAUGAUAACACCAUUAGGUAAACCUUUUCUGAGAGCGAGUGGAAUGAUGCACCCACAAGCAGGAAACAACAAACAUGUCUUCUGGCUCCUAAUCCUAGAAGAUCAAGUGUAACCAGGCUGGAAGUGUGACUGGGCGGGAGCCAGCGGGAUGCUUUGGGUUAUGUUGACUCACACCGUGAUCCCUCCUGCCUCACAACAACCACAAUCAUCACACAUACAGAGGAGUCUCCGAGGUGCAGCCAUGGCUUUCAUGGUGAAACACAUGGUGGGAGGACAGCUGAAGAACCUGACUGGAGGACUGACGGAGGAGAAACCAGAAGCAGAGAAAUCAGACGCCGCCGCGCAGGGCAUGACUCAAGAGGAAUUUGAACAAUACACGCAGCAGCUAGAGGAGGAAAAACAAGAACGAGAAGCCUGUUUUGCCCAGAAGAAAGCUGAGAGGGCCACAGUUAGAAGUCAUUUCCGGGACAAGUACAGACUACCAAAGAACGAGACAGACGAGACCCAGAUCCAACAAGCGGGGGAUGACGUGGUGUUGCCCACAGAGCUGGCCAAGAUGAUCGCCGAGGACAACCAGGAGGAGACGCACAAGCAGUCGGUGCUGGGCCAGCUGUCCAACAUCCAGAACGUGGACAUGGACCAGCUGAAAGACAAAGCCCAGGCCACACUGGAAGACCUCAAAAAGCAGACGGAGAAUUGCAAUCUCAUGUGAUCUGGCCGACUCUUAAGUCCCAGAAGAUUAGAGUUUUACUUGUACAAAUAUUUUUCAAAGGCAGAGCUGCUCUGGAGGUAGACGUGUUCUUAUUGCUUUAGUGGAAUGUCAGUCGGCAGAGCCACAUAAUAACAGUUUUUCUAGCUGUGCAGAGUUAGACGGAGGCCCUGCAGAAAAGAAAGUAGAAGACGAAGAGGAAGCUGAAAUGUGGGGCUCGUCUUACCAACUAGAAAGAUUAAUUCUUGCCAUAGCGUCAUAGAGGUGAGCUAGUUUAGCUAUAGCUUUCCUGUUGACCUUCAGAUAUCCUAAAAGUCAUGAAUGUCAUCCAUAUUUUUACUGAAAUUAGCUAACUUGCACUCCGACACUUACUUGGCUCUCCCCAUUGGGAUUUAACCCAUGAGAUUAUUUCUGCCUUUAGAGCAGCUCCUCCUCUGAGAAAUAUUAAUCUAUUAAAUCCUUUACUCCCUUCAUUCCCUAACCUCCCUCACUCUCUGUACCUCACGUGAUCGGUGAUAACACAAUAGGAUUCUGCAGCAGAGGUUUCAGGUGUGUGUGUGUGCAGGUUUUUAUUGCUUCCAAAUACACAGCAGAUGAUUUCACCGAUGGAUCACUGAGAUCAGCUGCUUGGUGGCAAUGAAAACACACUUAUGACGCACACUCUUGUGAGGAGGCCAUAUGUGUGUGUUAUGUUGAAUUUGGGAGAUUUGGCCAUUUAUUUGAGGAAAAAUACGACGAAGGAGCCAUUUGUGGAGUUUAUAUUCCACGUACAAAAGCACAAAAUCAUUUUAGAGCAACAAAUGAGGCUGAUUUUUGUCAUAAGUAGCUUACUAAUGUUGGCCCCCUGGUGCCCUGAUUAAAGCUCCCUGUGAGCUGCAUUAAUCUUAGUUUUAAUCUUUUACUAGACAUAUCAUUACGAAGGCUUCUUUUUUUUAUCGUACUUCAGCGUGCCUUGGACAUCCGUACAAGGCUGUCUCCUCUAGAGCUCCAACAUCUGUAAGCUACUUUUCACAAAGACGAAGAAAAUAAGAAAGAGGAACAUAAGAAAUUCUGUGCUGCAUUUUUUUAUGUUGUAAGAAUUUCCAGUUGAAGGAACAGUGUGUAGCAUUCAGGGGGAUCUAUUGGCAGAAAUGGAAUAUAAUAUUAAUAAGUAUGUUUUCAUUAGGGUAUAAUCACUUGAAAAUAGAAAUUGUGUUUUCGUUACUUUAGAAUGAGCCAUUUGUAUCCACAUACGGAGCCGGCCACCAUGUUUCUACAGUAGGCCAGAACAGACAAACCAAACACUGGCUCUAGAUAGGGCUGUUCGCGUUUUCACUUCUUUUGCGCCAGCCACUGUAGUUCUCCUACACGCUUGGCACACGGGAGAAAUUUCAGUUGGUUGCAAUCCUCAACCUCCCCAAUAGAUGCAGCCAGAUCCUACACACUGCACCUUUAAAUAACUGUUCUCCCAAAUUUAACCUAGCAUCAACUACAAAUAGGGAGAAAAUCUGUGUUUGUGCUGCAUCUAGAGGUUAAAGCUGCUCAGAUGAGUGAAAUGUAAAUGCUUUAGAAGUUGUAUGCCAAAGCCUUUAGUUGAAAACACUUUGACCAACAUAAAGGAAAUGGGCACAAAUAUGUCAAACUGUGUAACUGUGGUGUGAGUAUAAAUCCACAUACAAAUAUUUAUGUUGUGUAAGAUGUACAUGUAUCUGCCGUUUGCCUAUACUGUCGACAGCAGCGGGUCAUUUCUUCGCUCUGUUUUCAUCGACUCGCCGGGUCUCGUAGUGUUGUCACAUGACCUUUGACCUGUCCUCCAUCUCAUUGACCCCCUGCGUCUCCGUGGUGCCGUUUUGUGCUGGUGGAUUCGUGUUGUGUAGCCGAUGUGAUACGUCAAGUGGUGUCUCUGUAAAAAAAAAAAACUCGUCCUGUGGCUGAGAGUGCUGGUCGUAGUGUCACACAGCACACAGUCACUGUGGGCUUUACUGCGUGAUUCAGUAUUCUGUCUAUGUUGUUUUCUAGCCAAACGUAAGUGACGGCGAAUCAAGAAGUGGGGGGGGGGGGGGGUGUUGUUGAUGUUGUGUUACAUCCAUAUACGCUACAUUUUGACAGUGUUUGAUUUGAUGUAGCAGUGGUGCUGAGGGCGAUGUCAGCGUUGAUCUCAUAUCUGUCCCCGCUUUUCUUUGGGUACUUUAUGAUUCGAAAAGUUUUAUUUUGAAGGAAAUAUGGGCAAAAGGUUGACUGUUUUCUCUGUAGCCACGUUACUGCUGAAUGAACGCUGAGGCAACACUUAAACAUUUACAGUACAGUGGUUGUUGUCACGUGAUAGACAAACAAUAUAUUCAUAACAUUCCAAUAAUAUAAAGCAGAGGAAAAGUUGCAAUAAGUCCUUUUAUAAUAGAGCUGUCAUGUUCGAUCAUGAGACAAUAUUAAUAGGUGGAACAGAAGCCAUAAAGAAAACUGUUUGCUUUGUAUGAGUGUGUGUGUGUGUGACUUGAAAUAAUAAUUCAAUAACUCAAUAAUAAUAAUAAUAAUAUACAAAAUGUAUUUUUUUGUGUUGUCAUCCUGUGGAACUGAUUUUUCAGGAAAAUGGCUGCCAUGACACGCAGUUUUAUUCUUCUCGUUCUUUGUUUGACAGUAUCUCUAUCAUUCUGUCUCUGAAAGUAUUUCAGUGAUUUUUGAGUUUGAACUGCAAUAAACUGAUUUUUAGGAUAAUGAA